AUGCCUUCCAACCGUGCUGCCUACCAACCAGGGCAAAAAGCGCCCUCCCUCGAGGUCAGGGAUGCUCCCUACAAGCCCGCUGAUGCCGACAAGAUCAUUAUCAAGAAUGGCGCCGUCGCCAUCAACCCAAUUGACUGGCUCAUCCAGGCCCGAGGCGACAUCAUGUUCACGCACCUUGCCUACCCAUUCGUUCUUGGUUCCGACGUCUCCGGUGAAGUCGUCGAGGUUGGCAAGGACGUUAAACGCUUCAAUGUUGGAGACCGCGUCGUCGGUUUUACCCGUGGAAGCGACCCUAAGAUCAACGACCCGGCCGAGGGUGGCUUCCAGGACUACGUUAUGCUCCGACCCAACAUGGUCUCCCACAUCCCCGACCACAUGUCGUACGAAGAAGCCGCUGUCAUUCCUCUCGGUAUUGCUACUGCUGCCGCCGGCCUUUUUGAGAAAACUGAAUUGGGGCUCGACUUGCCCUCUGAGCCCGCCAAGCCCGCCAACGGCAAGACUGUUUUGAUCUGGGGUGGUUCGACCAGCGUUGGUGUCAAUGCCAUCCAGCUUGCUGCUGCUGCUGGAUACGAAGUCUUUACUACUGCCUCUCCCAAAAACCAUGAAUAUCUGAAGUCUCUCGGUGCUAGCCAGGUUUUUGACUACAAGAGCCCUUCCGUUGUUGCCCAGAUGGUCAAGGCCUUGAAAGGCAAGACUACAGCCGGUGCUUUGUCUAUCGGCCAGGGUGCCGCUGAGAAGUUGAUGGAAAUUCUGGACAAGUCUCAGGGUAACAAAUUUGUCGCCAUGGCCACCUUUCCCGUGCCCCAGAAGGAACCUCAGAGUCUCAUCUUCUUGCGCACCGUUAUCUUUUUCGUCUCCUGGAUGAUCUCUUAUAAGGUCAAGGGCAUGUUCAAGGGCAUCAAGUCCAACCUCCUCAACGCCGGUAUGAUCACCAACAGCGAAGUCGGCCGUGGUAUCUUCAUUGAUUACCUCCCCAAGGCUCUUGCCGCUGGCACUUUUACUCCUGCUCCGAAGGCCGAGGUCGUUGCUAAGGGUCUGGAGCACAUCCAGGAGGCUCUUGACAUCCAAAAAAAGGGUGUCUCUGCCUCUAAAAUCGUUGUCAAGCUGUAA